AGAUUGGAAGGGUAGAAGUAUCUUUAUUUGAAUUAUGAAUGUCUGCUGUUGAUUAUGGUAAAUUUUUUUUCGAUUAAAUCUGACACCAAUGCUAAUAAUUUCUUUCUCUUUCAGAUUGCUCUGGAGGGGAAACUGGUUCAUUCAGGAAAAGAGCUGUAAGAUACUUGCCUUGGUAGUAAGUGCUAGGCCAAAAAGUCAGGAUGGAAUCGUUGCUAACGGAGAAGCCUCAAAUUCAAAGAAACCAUUCACCACCAUUGAUGAUGUGUUAAAAGGAUUAGUGGAAUGGCUUUGUGCACAGCUCAAGAGGCCUUCCCAUCCUAGUCGUGGUAUUCCAGUUGCUGUCAACUGCUUGGCAGCGUUAUUGAAGGAACCUGUUGUCAGAUCUUCCUUUGUUCAAGCAGAAGGGUUGAAGUUGCUGAUUCCCUUAAUUUCUCCAGCAUCCACCCAGCAAUCUAUCCAGCUUCUUUAUGAAACAUGUCUCUGUGUUUGGCUCUUAUCUUAUUAUGAACCUGCAAUUGAGUACUUGGCAACCUCUAGAACACUUCCAAGACUGGUCGAUGUUGUCAAAAGUUCCACAAAAGAGAAGGUUGUCAGGGUUGUUGUUUUGACCUUCAAGAACUUGUUGUCUAAAGGAACAUUCGGUGCUCAGAUGGUAGACCUUGGACUGCCACAAAUUGUUCAGAAUUUGAAAGCACAGGCAUGGAGUGAUGAGGACCUGUUGGAAGCUCUCAAUCAACUUGAGGAUGGGCUGAAGGAUAAUAUUAAGAAAUUGAGUUCCUUUGACAAAUAUAAGCAGGAAGUUCUUCUUGGUCAUCUUGAUUGGUCUCCCAUGCAUAAAGAUCCUCUAUUCUGGCGUGACAAUAUUGCAAGCUUUGAAGAGAAUGAUUUCCAGAUACUAAGGGUCCUCAUUACAAUUUUGGACACAUCCAAUGAUCCAAGAGCUCUUGCUGUAGCCUGCUUUGAUCUCUCACAGUUUAUUCAGCAUCAUCCAGCUGGGAGGAUAAUAGCGACAGACCUCAAGGGCAAGGAACGGGUAAUGAAGCUGAUGAGUCAUGAGAAUUCUGAGGUUACCAAGAAUGCUUUACUCUGCAUUCAGAGGCUUUUCUUAGGUGCCAAGUAUGCAAGCUUUUUGCAGGUAUAGUUUGGCUUCAUUGAAAGUAAUGCAAUAAGAGUAUGUUAUAAUCCGGCUCUUACAUGUUUGGUUGACCAUUCGAGUAAAUUGUGAGUUGGGGCUGUUUUUUUUUUUUUUUUGGUGAGACAUUGCAUGUGAAAAAGACCAUGGAUGAAUUAAUUCAUUUAUCAAACUUUGUUGUGUUCAUUUUGUAGAUUGAGUUGGUAUAGAAUAAGCGCUUGUAUUAUUU